CGGGGAGUGCUGUUAAGCGGUUGACGUGCUGUUAAGCGCAAGCAACAUAUUGUUAAUCCAAUCCAUCCCGAAAAUAAACAAUAAAUAAUGGGCAAUCAUAAAGUUCUCCGCUCGGCGGGAAAUAAUUUGCGUUAUUCCAUGUACGAGUUCAUUGACGCGGUACACAAACGAUCUAUUAUAUGGGAACGAAGCCACCCGAACUUCCACAAUCGUGAACUCAGAGAUGAGGCCUGGCAGCAAAUUGGCCACGAGCUUUGCGCGAAUUUUGACGACUCCAGCGAGCCGGAGAGGCAGGAAAUAGUUAAAACCCUGCUUAAACGUUGGAAAAAUACAAGAGACAGCUACCUACGGGUAAACCGGCUACGCCAAAGUGGCGAGGAGGUGGCCAGAGCUUCCUACAUCUACGAAAAGGAACUAAGUUUCCUUCUGAACGUUAAAGCAGAGUCGGAGGACGAUGUGGAAUCCUUGAAGGAGCAGCCCAAGCCACAGGGCAAACGGAAGCGAGGGAGCACCGCCGCACAGAGAUCUGCAAAGACUCCACGAAAGCGAAACUCCGACCAGGAAUCGAAUCUGGAGCCCGCAAUCCGCCACUCAGCCAUUCCGGACAACCUAAAUACGGUUCUGGAAGAUCUGGCCUGCACAAAGGAGGACACCGCUACUCCGGAGAUCGCAUAUAUUCCGCAGUUACCACCAGAUCCACCCUGCAGUACAAAUACCGCCUACUUGUCCGCCGAUCCGGAUCAGGCCUUUUUCGACACCAUUAAGCCGCACAUGCAACAGAUGUGCGCCGAUCGCAAGCUCGACUUUCAGAUCGAGGUUCUGAAAAUCCUACGCAAUUUCAAGCCGAAUUGAAUAUUCGCCACAGAAGUCAAUCAUUUUUUGUUCUGCAUUUACAUUGAGAGCAGAUAUAUUUAACAGCAAGUUAACAUAGGCAAUAAGAACAUAGUUAAUCGUUAUCGUUCAUCGUCUAAUGCUUAGGGCGCCAAGUUUGUACUGUAAUUUGUAAUUUAAAAUACAAACAAAAAUUUU